AUGGAAGGACAUGUUUUUCCCGACCAGGAGCAGCUGCUGCAGUUUCUGAGGAGGCUUAAGGAGGUUUUCGACGUGUGUGACGAGGAUGCUGACGGCUUCAUACGGGUGGAGCACUUGGUGGACCUCGGUCUUCAGUUCGGUCAAGGAGACGAGGUGAAGGCAUUGACCAGGUACCUGGAUCCUAACGCUCAUGGGAAAAUCAACUUCAAAGACUUUUGUCACGGAGUGUUUGCUAUCAAAGGUUGUGGUUAGAUACUGAAGAUGGCUGUGGGUCCUCGCAGUGCAACCUCCAACCAGCCGUCUGUUACUGACAAUGGUUACAUUUACCAGAACGGUGAGGCGAGGCAGAGCCCUCCGAUUAUCAUGUGUACCCGGUCCUACCCAGAAUGCAAUGUGUACAGUGAGGGUUGUGGUGCUGAUGGGGAGUGUGACAUGGACAGCAGCACUGAAAACACAAACAGCUCUGACUCUUUGGACCCAACAAGGAAAGACAGGUCAGUCACAUCAUUAUCGUUGUUAUUGUACUUCCAAUGCAACCCUAGCCACCUCAUUGGCUCAGCGUCUGUAUCCGUCAUCUCCAGGGAGGAGCAGUUUGAGGACUAUGGUGAGGGGGAGGAUGUGGAGUUCAUUCCCAGCAGCCCUUGCCCUGAAGAUGACAACCGAACAAAUGGCUUCUCUGACCUGGGGUCCUCACUUCCCUCUAGUGCAGGGCAGACGCCUCAGAAGAUGCGGCAGCUUUAUAACAGCGAGCUCCUGGACAUCUACUGUUCUCAGUGCUGCAAGAAAGUGAAUCUACUGAAUGACCUGGAGGCUCGACUUCGAAACCUCAAGGCCAACAGCCCUAACAGAAAGAUUUCCAGCACAGCAUUUGGACGUCAGCUGUUCCAGGCCAACCACAGCGUGUUUGGGUCGAGUCAGGGCAGCAGCACCGAGGAUCUGUUCACAGACAGCAUCGACUCCUGUGACCUCGACAUCACAGAGAAAGUCAGCUAUCUGGAGAAGAAGGUGACAGAGUUGGAAAGCGACAGUCUGGCCAACGGUGACCUCAAGUCUAAACUCAAACAGGAAAACACACAACUAGUCCACAGGGUCCAUGAGCUGGAGGAGCAGGUGAAGGAUGCAGAGACGAGGGCGGAUCAGAGUCUGGAAGAGGAGACCAAGAGGCACCGGGAGGUUUACACUAAGAUGGAGAGAGACAGAAACACAGAGAUGGACCAGCUCUGUACCAGGGUACAGCAGUUAGAAGAAGAAAAUGGAGAGAUGAAGAUAAACGUGUGCAGACUCAAGUCUCAGACAGAGAAACUGGACCAGGAGAAGCAGAGGAUGACGGACAAGCUGGAGGACACUAGUCUGAGGCUGAAAGAUGAGAUGGACCUCUACAGGAAGAUAAUGGACAAGCUCUGGCAAAACCGCCAUGAGUUUCAGAAGGAGAAGGAGGCCAUGCAGGAGCUGAUUGAUGAUCUGCGCCGAGAGCUGGAGUAUCUGCAGUUGUUCAAGCUGGAGAUGGAGCAUCCUGGGAAGGGCAAGGGGCUAUCUGAGUACAACGCCAAGACCAGAGAGAUUGAAAUGGAACAUGAAGUCAGGAGACUGAAACAGGAGAACCAUAAGCUUCGGGAUCAGAAUGACGACCUGAACGCUCAGAUUCUCAGUCUGAGUUUGUACGAGGCUAAGAACCUGUUUGCCUGUCACACCAAGGCCCAGUGCCUGGCAGCCGAGAUCGACAACGCAUCCAGAGACGAGCUGGUCGAUGCUCUGAAGGAGCAGGAGGAGAUCAACCUGCGUCUGAGGCAGUACAUGGACAAAAUCAUUCUGGCCAUUCUGGACCACAACCCAUCUAUUCUGGAGAUCAAAAGUUAA